AUGAUCUCCACCAAGGAGAAGAAAACCCCCAAGGACAGCAUGACGCUCCUGCCCUGCUUCUAUUUCGUGGAGCUGCCCAUAGUGGCAUCUUCCAUCGUGUCCCUGUACUUUCUGGAACUGACCGACCUCUUCAAGCCAGCCAAAGUGGGCUUCCAGUGCUACGACCGCACACUGUCCAUGCCCUAUGUGGAGAGCAACGAGGAGCUCAUCCCCCUGCUCAUGCUGCUCAGCUUGGCAUUCGCCGCCCCUGCUGCCUCAAUCAUGGCCGGCGAGGGCGUGCUGUACUGUCUGCAGUCCCGGCUGUGGGGCCGCAGCGGGGGCCCGGGCGGGGCUGAGGGCAGCAUCAACGCCGGCGGCUGCAACUUCAACUCCUUCCUGCGUCGCACCGUGCGGUUUGUGGGCGUCCACGUGUUUGGCCUCUGUGCCACGGCCCUGGUGACCGACGUCAUCCAGCUGGCCACCGGCUACCACGCGCCUUUCUUCCUCACCGUCUGCAAACCCAACUACACUCUGCUGGGCACGUCGUGCGAGACCAACCCCUACAUCACGCAGGACAUCUGCUCCGGCCAGGACACCCAUGCCAUCCUGUCUGCACGGAAGACCUUCCCGUCCCAGCACGCCACGCUGUCGGCCUUUGCUGCGGUCUAUGUGUCGGUGAGUCCAGCCCCUAGCCCCUGCCCGUGGCCACCGGCCCGUUGGGAGCCUGCCGCUGUCCUGACCCACCCCGUCCCGCUCUGUCCCCAGAUGUACUUCAACUCGGUCAUCUCAGACACCACCAAGCUGCUGAAACCCAUCCUAGUGUUCGCCUUUGCCAUCGCCGCAGGGGUCUGCGGCCUCACCCAGAUCACGCAGUACCGCAGCCACCCCGUGGACGUCUACGCGGGCUUCCUCAUCGGUGCCGGCAUCGCCGCCUACCUGGCCUGCCACGCAGUGGGCAACUUCCAGGUCCCGCCUGCAGAGAAACCAGUGGCGCCUGCACCCACCAAGGACGCGCUGCGGGCCCUGACCCAGCGGGGCCACGACUCGGUUUACCAGCAGAACAAGUCGGUGAGCACGGACGAGCUGGGCCCCCCAGGGCGGCUGGAGGGCGUGCCUCGGCCGGUGGCCCGUGAGAAGACGUCGCUGGGCAGCCUGAAGCGGGCCAGCGUGGAUGUGGACCUGCUGGCCCCGCGCAGUCCCAUGGGCAAGGAGCACAUGGUGACCUUCAGCAACACGCUGCCACGUGUGAGCACGCCGUCGCUGGACGAUCCCGCCCGCCGCCACAUGACCAUCCACGUCCCGCUGGACGCGUCGCGCUCCAAGCAGCUCAUCAGCGAGUGGAAGCAGAAGUCGCUGGAGGGCCGCGGCCUGGGGCUGCCCGACGAGGCCAGCCCAGGACACCUGCGGGCGCCCGCCGAGCCCAUGGCAGAGGAGGAGGAGGAGGACGAGGACGAGGACGAGGAGGAAGAGGAGGAAGAGGAGGAGGAGGGUCCCGCCCCGCCCUCGCUCUACCCCACAGUGCAGGCGCGGCCAGGGCUGGGGCCUCGGGUCAUCCUCCCACCACGGGCCGGGCCGCAGCCGCUGGUGCACAUCCCCGAGGAGGGGGUGCAGGUGGGGGCUGGCCUGUCCCCCAAAAGCAGCGCUGCGGUGCGUGCCAAGUGGCUCAUGGUGGCGGAGAAGAGCGGGGUGGCAGCGGCUGCGGCCCCCACGCAGCCCCGAGUGGCCAACCCGCCACGGUUGCUGCAGGUGAUCGCCAUGUCCAAGGCCCCGGGUGGGCCCGGCCCCAAGGCGUCCGAGACGGCCUCGUCCUCCAGUGCCAGCUCCGACUCCUCACAGUACCGGUCGCCGUCAGAUCGCGACUCGGCCAGCAUCGUCACCAUCGAUGCGCAUGCACCCCACCACCCCGUCGUCCACCUGUCUGCGGGCAACGCGCCUUGGGAGUGGAAGGCGGCAGGCGGCGGGGCCAAGGGUACAGAGGGCGAGGGCGGGUACGAGCUGGGGGACCUGGCACGCGGCUUCCGUGCUGGGGCUAAGCCGCCAGGUAUGUCCCCCGGCUCAUCCAUCAGUGAUGUGGACCAGGAGGAGUCACGGUUCACGGCUGUGGCUACCGUCAACCUGGCCACGGGUGAGGGGCUGCCCCCACUGGGCGCGGCUGAUGGGGCGCUGGGGUCAGCCAGCCGCGAGUCGACGCUGCGGCGGCAGGUCCUGGCACUGGGUGAGCGGGAGGCAGGUGAGGCGGAGGCUGAGAGCUACUACAGGAAGAUGCAGGGCCGCAGGUUCCAGGACUGA